AUGCACGCGAAAGUUACUAAUGCUCUAGCUCAAGCAGGACUUGAAUCAUCAAAUCUUAUUGUUGGCAUUGAUUUCACAAAGAGCAACGAGUGGACAGCUGCCAUAUACACAAAGGAGAGCCUUUUAAACAAUGUCUUGGCUGCUAUUCCUCCAAAUCUUACAAGUGAGGAGUGGUCAGCUGCAUUGCCAAGGGCAAGGGCAUUAGUUGUUGGUUUCGUGAAAACAGAUAAAGACUUCCAAACAAAAGCAAAUCAGGAAUUAAAAACGAUCUUUAUAGUCUCAGUUCAUCAGUUGGAUGGUGCAAACCAGAGCCCCAGCUACUGCAGUGCCCCUGAAGAUUUCAUCGUCGACAAUUGCAAGAACAUCUACUUUGCUGGGCACGAAACUACAGCGGUCACUGCCACCUGGUGCCUGAUGCUCCUUGCUGCACACCCAGACUGGCAGGAUCGUGCUCGGGCUGAGGUCCUAGAAGUGUGUCGUGGACAGACAGCGAUGGACAUCGACGUCCUUCGUCAGCUGAAAAUACUUACAAUGGUGAUACAAGAGACUCUCCGGCUGUACCCUUCGGGGUCACUGAUCAUGCGUGAGGCCCUGACAGGCAUCAGUCUUGGUGGAGUCGACGUCCCUCGCGGCACCAUCAUCCAAGUAGCCAUCUCAGUGCUGCACCUGGACAUGGAAGCCUGGGGUCCAGACGCUAACGAGUUUCGUCCAGACCGGUUAGCGAACGGAGCUGCCGCGGCGUGCAAGCCAGCCCACAUGUACAUGUCGUUCGGGUACGGGCCGAGGCUGUGCACCGGGCAGAACCUGGCAAUGGCGAAGCUGAAGGUUGUUCUUGCGCGCCUGCUGAGCAAGUUCUCGUUCUCGGUGUCGCCUGGGUACCAGCACUCCCCGGUGUUUCGGUUGACCAUUGAGCCGGAGUCCGGCAUGCCUCUUGUGGUGACAAGGCUAGCAUGA